UAUUACUGAUGGCUCAGUUUUAAUUCAAGUGGGAGCUUCAUCCGGCAGUCACAGUGUUAUAUGUAAAGACAAAUAAUUGAUAUAACAACAACUAGUCGGGUAUCAUACCACAAAGUAGGAACCUCUCAGCUGCAUGGUGCACUUCAAUGCCAGAUAAUUUCAACAAGCUACGAACGUUUACACCCAUGUAUAGAAACUUUACAAACCCGAGCGGUAAGCCCAAACUGGGCGAUAAAUGUUACGCCGAUGUCUACACUGUCAUCUGCGUUCUAAAUAUCGUGUGUUCGUUGACAGCAUUUUUGGGGAAUUUCUUAGUUCUCGGUGCAGUUUGGAAGACACGAAUCUUACACAAGCCGACGAAUUUGCUCGUCUCUGGACUCGCUGUGUCUGACUUGGGAGUCGGAGUUCUUAUUCAGCCAUUAUUCACUUUGUUUUUGAUUUUGGAAAUGAGAUCAGAGGGAUCUAUUCGAGAUAUGUGGAAGAUCUUUAGAUCCAUACAAGCCGUUUUUCAGUCGGCGACUAUUCUGAUUCUAACUUCGAUUAGCGUAGACAGAUUUCUCGCCCUUCAGCUGCAUUUAAAGUACGUUUCCAUGGUUACAAUUAACAAGACAGCCACCUUACUGUGUUUUAUAUGGGUUACAAGCGCUUUCUGUGCGAUGACGGUUUUCAUCGGCAAUAACUUAUAUCGUAACUUUAUAAUCACGCUUAUAAUGUUGUGUCUCGUGAUAAAUUCUUCCAUGCACUUCAUGAUCUAUCGCAUUUGUCACCGUCACCGAGUUCAGAUUCAAGUUCAAAUACGAGCACAAAACGGGCUAGAAACUCUUAAUAUCAAACGCUACAGGAAAUCUCUGAUCACCAUGAUUUUCUUGUUUAUUUUACUCAUGGCGUGUUAUUUUCCUUAUAUUUGUAUGCGUACUUCUAUGAACUUCAUCCAUUGGUCCUCACCGCUCAAGAAGCUUGUGAUGAGGUGUACGCUCUUUUUGGUUUACUUGAAUUCUUCGCUAAAUCCGCUGGUGUAUUGCUGGCGCAUGAGAGAGAUGCGUUCCGCUGUGAAGCAGUUUUGGAAAUCUCUUCACCCGUGAGAGUGCUUUAAGUCACUCGCUGUCGCCGCAGCUGGUAGAAUAAACUUUAAAAAAUGACAAUGGAAAAUAGAAAUAAAAUUAGAUGAAUAAAUAAAAACGUGAAAGCGCAGGAAGUUAUGGCCCUGUCUACGUGGGUGAAUGAUAACACAGUGGUCAAACGUCUACGCAUGUGCAAACGUUUUAAUGACUUUGAUUAUAGGAACACAGUGGCAAAAUAAGUGCGCAUGCUUGUAUCACACGAGAACAUAUAUGCGUGUAAAGGGAUGGGAGCGACAAUAUUUCCAUAGUAACACUGUCGAGGCAAAAUGGCGGCAUUUUUAAAAUUCCCAUUCCUUGUUUUCAUUUUGCGGGGAUAAGCCCAAACCAAAACAGAUAAGGUUGCAGUUUUCAGGAAAGUUUCUGUCGAACAUCUUCCGUCAUAUAUCUUACUCAACAAAAAAAGGUAUUACGGGAACAGGUAAGAAUUUAGCGGCUCAAGUAAAGUAUCCGUAAUAUUGUCAUCGUCUCCUCUCAGAGAAAACUCCCUGGAGAAGAAGUUUGUUGUAUCAGCAAAAAACCUUGCGUCAGCUUUGUUCGCAAAGGAAAAUUGCUAGCCCUGAACGCUCAAAUUGCUUGAAUAGCGGAGCAUGCGCACCCAUUUUGCCGCUGUGUCAACAAGAGGAAGACUAGAGAUGACUACUCUGUCACGACCGGGUUGUUCUACACAAGCUGCAAAUGACCACUCAAGCCAGUGGAUCAUGGUAUUUUUAAACUUCAAAACAGAAUGGUAAAUUAACAGAAUACUCUUGCUUAAAUACGCUUUUUGUUCGAAAAAUCUCGAUUUUUCCUUUUCCUUACUUUUGUUUCCUUUCACAAAGUUACAUGAACGUUAACUUUCCAAUUUUCUUUCGCUAAUUUUGCAAGAAAGUGGUCGUUUCUUAUACUUACCUGUUUGCGCGAGAAAUUAGCCUGUGGCCAGCCAGAGUUGAUCCCCUCGCGCAUGCCCGACGUUUGAACGCUGCGUUGUGUAUGACUGCGUUGUGUUUGUUAGAGUGGGAAAGUUGAAGAAUGCGACGAGUAUUUCCUCUGGCAGCGUGUGCCCGCGAGCAGGCCCUCAUUAAUUUUUAGCGCUGAGUAAUGAGGCCUUGAGAAACGGAAGUCAGAGAGAGGUGUGUGAGUGAUGUGGCACUACUAAUGAGAGUAUAUGGUUCCAAGUCCCAUGCAGGUCCCUCGUCAGCUUGCUUUCGCCAAAACCUUCAAACUUACUUGCAGGUGAAGGAAUGCUUGUACCGCAGCGCUUAUAAUGAAGGCUUGCUUACAAGCUACGACAGUCUGGGUAUGAAGCAACAUGGAUAUGCGCACGUAUAAACUGCGCGGCGCCUUAUAACGAGAAAUUUUUGUGCGCCGCGAACCUGGAAUAAUACCAUAAGUCUAUAGUAAAUUAUUUAGGGCAUAGCUAGCAUUUUUCUGAGAGGGGUCAUUUUUACCGCUGCCCUACUCAUCAGCAGGCUCGUAUUCAUGCACCAGCAAAGAUUUAGACUCUUCCAAUUCGCGCUUCUUAAUUAAUCCGAAGGCGGAUGGGUGGGGGAAGGUCUUUAGGCAUGUCAGGGGCCCGUUACUACGCCCCUGAUAAUUAUGUUAUUUUAUGAACUCGCAC